AUGUCCGGGGAGAGAAACCGCAGGUCGUUGGCUUUCAGAGGAGGUGGAUUAGCCGUAACCGGUUCCAGUGGUGUCGGGGGGAGCAACAGUAACAGCUGUGAGGCCCAGGCCUGUCAAGACCGAAAUUUGAACGGGAACAGACCAGAUCAAGAAGAGGAUAGGGAUCUGGGGGCAAAAGGACCAUCACAAGAGAGAGUGGAGGGUGGGGGGUCUGUCAGCGAUAGCACAGAACCAGAGGCUGAGGAGGAAGAGGACCCGGAAGGGGGCAUCUGGGCAGACGGGGAUGGCGAGGAUCGUGUCAGUUGGGUGGCAGUAACUGUCGGAGAAGACGAGUCCAGGAAAGGGAGUAGCUGGACAGCGGGUAACCGCCUGAAUAGCGAGGACGGCGCUGGCUUGGGCAGCGGUGGCACCGUAUCCGAGGACGAUAGAGGCGAAGCGGGGAGCGGGGGAGACGGGGAGCAGGAAACGGGUGGUGGCAGGAAAUGUUGGGUAGAAAUGAGACCGCAGACGUUACUCCAGAAACACUCGCUAUUCCAAGCUUCAUGGCGACAGGAGUUUCCAUGGCUUAAAUUUUGCCAGGAGACAGGUCUUAUGUCUUGCUCCUGGUGUCACAAUAUUGCCACUAAAAACGACGAGUUGGUGAAAGGCAGUCGAAAUUACAAGCGGGCCUUGCUUUUGAGACAUCACCUGUCUUCUGAGCACGAGAGGAAUGACCCGACCAAGCAGGUAAAGUGUCUACCGCGUCAUUUAUGGUUUUUAUUUUGAGUUUUGUCUGUAAUUUGGCUAAUACGCACAGCUGAGGUUCAGUUCCCUGGCAGUUCCAUUUCCCCGCCAGAGGCGAUCCAGCUGGCUUCCUAGUUAGCUAACGUUAGCUAGCUACUUGCUAGUUCUAAUAUGACAUGUUUGAUAGUAAAUGGUAGCUGGCCUACCUAAUGCUCCCAUGUUAAUCUAAAUACAUAGCUACAGUUCACGUUUAUUAAAAUGUGGUUAAUGGUGAGUUGACAUUAAUACAGAAACCAAUUACUAGCGAAACAAAUCUGGCUAGCCUGUAGCCCAGUGACAGUGUGACUCCCAUUAACUUGCUAUUCCACGUAAAAGUAAUGGGAGUCACAUUGGUGGCUAGCUACCUUAGGUUGUUAUUUUACAUUUCCAUAGCCUUAAGGACAGUACACAUCUAGCCAUCUACCGUUAACAUUUGCCUGGAGUCUUUUAUGUUUGCUUCUGUGCCAGAGUAAUGCACUGUAACCAUUCAACAAACGCUUUUGUUGCCCCAGCAACUACCUUGGUUGAUUGCUUGCUUGCUAGCUUUGCUAGCUGGGGAACCGCACCCCUGCCUACCCAACCCCCUUCCUCUGUUCUGCUUUGCACAGUGGAGAGCAGAAUGCAGAAUGACCUCUGGCGCAUUUCUCCCCUCCACCCUUUGGAGCCGCUAAAUUAGAGGCAUUGUGCUAGAUGACUCCCCAGAAUCCAUAGAUGGUGUGUCACGGGCUAGGUUGGACAGGAAGAGAGGUAAAUCAAGUACAAGCAGCUUGACAGCUAGCGACCCCUUCCUACCCUCCCUUCCUGACCCACAUGCAAUUCUUUCUGUGAAUAGGUUCCAAUAGGGUCAUACAUUAUAUAUACAAAAGUAUGUGGACACCUCUUCAAAUUGGUGGAUUCAGCUAUUUCAGCCACACCUGUUGCUGACAGGUGUAUAAAAUCGAGCACACAGCUGUGCAGUCUCCAUAGACAAACAUUUGCGGUAGAAUGGCCUUACUGAAGAGCUCAGUCACUUUCAUCAUGGCACCGUCAUAGGAUGCCACCUUUCCAACAAGUCAGUUCGUCAAUUUGUUUGUCCUGCUAGAGCUACCCCGGUCAACUGUAAGUGCUGUUGUUGUGAAGUAGAAACGUCUAGGAGCAACAACAGCUCAGCCGCGAAGUGGUAGGCCACACAAGCUCACAGAACGGGACCGCCGAGUGCUGAAGCGCGUAGCGUGUAAAAAUUGUCUGUCCUCAAUUGCAACACUCACUACCGAGUUCCAAACUGCCUCUGGAAGCAACGUCAGCACAAUAACUGUUUGUCGGGAGCUUCAUGAAAUGGGUUUCCAUGGCCGAGCAGCCGCACACAAGCCUAAGAUCACCAUGCGCAAUGCCAAGCAUUGGCUGGAGUGGUGUAAAGCUCGCCGCCAUUGGACUCUGGAGCAGUGGAAACGCGUUCUCUGGCGUGUUGAAACAUGCUUCAGUCUGACGGACGAAUCUGGGUUUGGCAGAUGCCAGGAGAACACUACCUGCCCCGAUGCAUAGUGCCAACUGUAGUUUGGUGGAGGAGGAAUAAUGGUCUGGGGCUGUUUUUCAUGGUUCGGACUAGACCUCUUAGCUCCAGUGAAGGGUAAUCUUAACGCUACAGCAUACAAUGACAUUCUAAACGAUUCUGUGAUUCCAACUUUGUGGCAACAUUUUGGGGAAGGCCCUUUCCUGUUUCAGCAUGACAAUGCCCUCGUGCACAAAGCGAGGUCCAUACAGAAAUGGUUUGUUCGAGAUCGAUGUGGAAGAACUUGACUGGCCUGCACAGAGCCCUGACCUCAACCCCAUCAAACACCUUUGGAAUGAAUUGGAACGCUGACUGCGAGCCAGGCCUAAUCGCCCAACAUCAGUGCCCGACCUCACUAAUGCUCCUGUGGCAGAAUGGAAGCAAGUCCCCGCAGCAAUGUUCCAACAUCUAGUGGAAAGCCUUCCCAGAAGAGAGGAGGCUGUUAUAGCAGCAAAGGGGGGACAAACUCCAUAUUAAUGCCCAUGAUUUUGGAAUACGAUGUUUGACGAGCAGGUGUCCACAUACUUUUGGUAAUGUAGUGUAUGUAUGCUGGCAGCAGCAUGGGUUGUCAUGGCACCAUCUGACCUUGUCACCCCACACAUUUAGGGAUUGAUAAGGGUUAUUAUGGUAUGUUGUUUUGUAUCAUAUAAUUACAAAGCUAUACAUUGUCAGAUUGUAUGUACAUGAGGACUGAAACCAUAACAGACCAUCACCAAGGCUUCUUUCAAAGAUUGAUUACUUGAAGAUGUUCCCAAUACCAAAAUGAUGAAUAUGUGCAUAUUGCUGCAAAUAAAUCACGUGUGGAAUAUUCAUCAUAGGACUAUGAAACACCUUCUGGGCGAGAUAAUACAUUCCACUUGUGUAAUUACAAAACCUGCCCAACUCCAUUACUACACAAUUACAAAGCAAUUACUAAAAAUCCUAUCUAACAAUGUUGUUAGCUACUGUAGUAAUUAUAGGGUUUUUACACAGGGUUAAAGUGUAAUCACAGCAGUGUAUAUAAAAAAAUUAAAAUAAACUACAGAGCCCAGUUACCAACUUGACAUCUAGGCCCUAUCACCUCUUAUCCUGACUCUGAUUCAAGCUGUCAGGGGAAUUAAGAGCAUGCAGCCACAAUUUGACUCUAAUUUGGCAGUGAAUUUCAAGAGGAUUGGAUCACACUGCCGGACCACCAUGGUUAGUUCCAUCCGUCCGAUACACUCAAUCACUAAUCAGAAUGACUUAAAGUGAAGGGAUCCACUAACUUGUACAUAUCACUAAUUAGGAGGGAAAGCAGUGGGAGGAGGGAUUAGAGAAGAAGUAGUCCUCCUCCCUGGAAACAAGACUACCCUGGCUGGUUGGCAACAAGACCCUGGUCAGGGUUUAAAGGUUAGGGAUAGGGAGGGACAUGACAGGCAGUAGCUGCCUUAUCCACCAUAUAAUCAAACACUUUGCUAUAGCCUAAUUUCAUUUUGUAGCUUUUUAAAAAUGGUUUUAGAUGCCCUUAAAAUCUAUUGAAUUUCUGUGCCGUUGUUAAUGUCAAAGGUAAAUAUGCAAAGAUGAUUUUUCCCUGUGAUGUUUUCCCCCAGAUAUAGUAGCCUAAUGCUGUUUUGAAUAUUAUUCCUGUGAGAACUACAUUGUAGCAGCACAUGAAAUGGCAUCAUUUUCUGCACCCAAUUCCGGACCAAAGUCUUGCCCAGCUGCGUGCCUGAACUAACUUGGUUAGCUCUGCUAUAGCGAGGGCACACAGACCAGAGCAGCUGUGGCUGACUGACUGUGGGUCUGAGGGUCUCAUACAUACAAGCCUGGGUCUGGGCUGUACAGCCCUGGUACGGUGGGUCUAUACAGCACAACCAUACUGUCCUGGAUUGGGUCGGAGCGUAGUGGGGGGGUGCAGGCCAGAGGAGAAGACUGGAGAGAGAGGGAGGUGGAGAGAGAGGGAGACAAUUCUUCCCUGGAAUCCGCCAAUCCAACGAGGAGCUGUUUGCAUUGUUGGGAGGCCUGGAGGCCUGCUCCCCUCCCACACCUUAGGGCCAGGCACACUGCUGCAUUGUUCUUGUAUCUGGGAGAUGGUCGGGUUAGGGGAGGGUAUGGAGCUAGCUGGCCUCAGGGUAGGGAUGUGAUGGUAGAGGAACGGGGGGGGGGGGGUGUAGCCACAUUAGCCCGGGCUCUCGUUGCCCGCAGGGCCCUUGGUUUGUUUUCGUUUCUGGGAUGUUGUUCCACAAAUUCUACUCUACCGGUUUUAAGAGGAAGUGUUUUAUAUUUGUACUUCUGGAUGGUGAGAGGUUAGCCAACAGUAGCCUACAUCACACAGUUAAGGAUUGGUAGGUAGAUCUACUGUAAAAGUAGUUUUAAUCUACUGUUUGUAUAGGCCUAGGCUGCAUUUGCAGUCAUUCUAGAAAUACGUCGAUAGUAAUAGCCUAAACACAGAUGGAAUUUCACAGAGUGCAUUCGGAAAGUAUUCAGACCCCUUCACUUUUUCCACAUUUUAUUACGUUACAGCCUUAUUCUAAAAUGGAUUAAAUUGUUUUUUUCCCCUCAUCAAUCUACACACAAUACCCCAUAAUGUCAAAGCAAAAACAGGUUUUUUGACAUUUUUGCAAAUGUAUAAAAAAUAUAAAACUGAUAUCACAUUUACAUAAGUAUUCAGACCCUUUACUCAGUACUUUGUUGAAGCACCUUUGGCAGCGAUUACUGCCUCAAGUCUUCUUGGGUAUGACGCUACAAGCUUGGCACACCUGUAUUUGGGGAGUUUCUCCCAGUCUUCUCUGCAGAUCCUCUCAAGCUCUGUCAGGUUGGAUGGGGAGCAUCGCUGCACAGUUAUUUUCAGGUCUCUCCAGAGAUGUUAGAUCGGGUUCAAGUACGGGCUCUGGCUGGGCCACUCAAGGACAUUCAGAGACUUGUCCCGAAGCCACUCCUGUGUUGUCUUGGCAGUGUGCUUAGGGUCGUUGUCCUGUUGGAAGGUGAACCUUCGCCCCAGUCUGAGGUCCUGAGCACUCUGGAGCAGGUUUUCAUCAAGGAUCUCGCUGUACUUUGCUCCGUUCAUCUUUCCCUCGAUCCCCACUAGUCUCCCAGUCCCUGCCGCUGAAAAAUAUCCCCACAGCAUGAUGCUGCCACCACCAUGCUUCAUCGUAGGGAUGGUAUUGGCCAGGUGAUGAGCGGUGCCUGGUUUCCUCCAAACGUCACGCUUUACAUUCAGGCAAAAUAGUUAAAUCUUGGUUUCAUCAGACCAGAGAAUCUUGUUUCUCAUGGUCUGAGAGUCCUUUAGGUGCCUUUUGGCAAACUCCAAGCGGGCUGUCAUGUGCUUACUGAGAUGUGGCUUCUGUCUGGCCACUCUACCAUAAAGGCCUGAUUGGUGGAGUGCUGCAGAGAUGGUUGUCCUUCUGCAAGGUUCUCCCAUCUCCACAGAGGAACUUUGGAGCUCCCACCUCCCUGACCAAGGCUCUUCUCCCCUGAUUGCUCAGUUUGGCCGGGCGGCCAGCUCUAGGAAGAGUCUUGGUGGUUCCAAACUUCUUCCAUUUAAGAAUGAUGGAGGCCACUGUGUUCUUGGGGAACUUCAAUGCUGCAGAAAUUUUUUGGUACCCUUCCCCAGACCUGUGCCUCGACACAAUCCUGUCUCGGAGCUCUACGGACAAUUCCUUCGACCUCAUGGCAUGGUUUUUGCUCUGACAUGCACUGUCAACUGUGGGACCUUUAUAUAGACAGGUGUGUACUUUCCAAAUCGUGUCCAAUCAAUUGAAUUUACCACAGGUGGACUCCAAUCUAGUUGUAGAAACAUCUCCAGGAUGAUCAAUGGAAACAGGAUGCACCUGAGCCCAAUUUCGAGUCUCAUAGCAAAGGGUCUGAAUACUCAUGUAAAGGUGUUUCCGUUUUUUUUUUUUUUUACAUUUGCAAAGCUUCUAAAAACCUGUUUUCGCUUUGACAUUAUGGGGUAUUGUGUGUAGAUUGAUGAUCAUUUAAUUUAAUCCAUUUUAGAAUAAGUCUGUUACGUAAUAAAAUGUGGAAAAGGGGAAGUGGUCUGAAUACUUUCUGAAUGCACUGUAUUUAAUUUAGAUUAUGAACUUCUUCGUCAACUGGCCUCUAGCCUACCAGUACUCUAAUCUUAUGUUUCCACCAUAACAUCACUGGGCCUGGCUCACAAUAAAUGGCCACGUCAGAGGUUGAUAUUCUCACCAUGGUAUUCUCAUUUGGACUCAGCCAGUCAGAGCAGGGUGCGAGACCUGCCGAUCCAGCAGCAUCUGCUCUCCAGCAGCACUAACACAGUCCGUAACACGUGGCACAUCUGGAUGAAGGAUGAGCUGAGUAUGGAGCUGGUGAGAGGAGGGUGUCCUAGCCUGACUCCCAUACCUCCAUACUGCAGUCCAGCUCCCAUAACCUAGGCCUACAUGCAGUGCUGUAGCAGGCCUUUACCCCAACCAUUGUGACCAGUCUGGGUUACUGCGGCAGUUAUUAGGGUUAAGACGUUAAAACUGCCUCAAUACCAGGACAUAUCCCUACCAUUAUGACCUGUCAGUUGUUGCGUCUUGUUAACCCAGUGAAUGUUACUGCCUAGUCACUUUUACCCCUACCUGUACAUAUUAUCUCAACCACCUCGCCCCCUACACAUUGACUUGGUACCGGUACUCCUUGUAUAAAGCCUCGUUAUUGUUAUUUUAUUGUGUUACUAUUUUCUCUUUUAUUUGCUAAUUGUCUUACUUUAUAACGCUGCAUUGUUGGGAAAAGGGUCGUAAGUAAUCAUUUCAUGGUCAAGUCUACACCUGUUGUAUUCGGCGCUUGUGACAAAUAAAAUGUGAUUUAGAGAUGGUAAAUAUGCCUCUUUAUGCAACCAGGAAGUAGGUGAUUUCACCACAGAUGGUUAAUCUGCCUGCUCAUCCGCCUCCUUCCGUAUACACGCACCUUUCAAAGUGUCAAUGCCACACCUCUCCAAAUACUACCCAUCCUGUUAGGGUAGAAAAUAAGGUGACGACUCUCUGGCAUUGAGCCCAUUGUAUGGUUGUGUGGAUGAUGAUGGAAUCAUUCUGCUUCUUCCUUCCUUUCUGUUAUCCUAUUCAGGGCUUAGCCCUUCUUAGAGAGCCACAUGCAGCCUGUCUCCCUUACACACACACACACACACACACACACACACAAGUGUCAAGUCAGGGCCUUUCUGGUUAAGUGGGAGCAAAGAGCAGAGGAGGCAUGGAGGAGCCAGGCUUUAGCUGCUGUAUGUAAUAAGAGUGUGUGAGUGCAGGGCCAUACAAAGAAACCCCAGUGAGGCACAAAGCAGCACUGAACAAUGAGCCUGGAAGAGAGGAGAGAGCCUAUUAUUGUGAGGGGUAAAUGGGGUGACCUGGCUCUCUAUCUCUUCCUCGCUCUCUCCCUCUCUCUCCUUCCCUCUAGCCCUGGUCCUGCCUAGCGUUAGCUAGCAGUGACAGAGAGCCUUGCUGCUCCUGAUAAUAACCCCCAUCCUGCCUGCCCGGACAAGGGCUUCCAGUCACUCAGAGUAGGGAGGGUGGGGACCUCCGAGGGCAGAGAAAUGGAUUUAAUAUAAAUUACUUGAGCUGAAAACCCAGCUGUGUAAGGGGAUUGGGGUGGGGAGAGAAAAUGUAGGGCUCGGGCAAUGUAAAUUACUCAGGAUUAGGACAUCUGCUAUGCAAUUCCAAAACGAGGCAGAAAUGUAUGCAGGCAGUGUGUUAGUGUUGUAACAGUUCAGUCAGUGCAGUGCUGUGUUCUCUCUGCUCUGUACCAGCUUGGCCUGCUACCCUGGAUGGGAAACUCCCAUGUACGGAUAGGGAAGAUAGCGGGAGGGAUGGAGGCAGAAAAAUAAGGGGUUUCUCUCCCAUCAGCCAUCAUAGUGACAGGUAGCGGGGUGGGGUUUUGGGACAGUUAAAUCUUUCUCCGUCUGUUAUGAUUGGUUGUAACACCAUGGGCUGCUGUCACAGACCCAGAUUAGGCCCUAUUUGGGGACAAAAAAUCUGCUUAAUCUGAAUCUGGGAACCUGCCCCAAAAUUUUCUGCCAAAGUGGGAGUAACAGUAACCUAAGCAGCUCUCUCACAGACUGUAUUUCAGUCUACUUUGGAGGUAGUGACCAAAUUUCCAGUUCCCACCAGGUGAAGCAACACCUCCCCCAUUAUGGAGCCAGUCAGACCAGUUUCACCCCUGCCAGGUGCACCUCUGUCAUUGUCCCUUUCCUUUGUGUGUCCCUACGCCAUUAAGCCUGCUCUUCUGUUUGUUUCUCUCUCUCUGUGUGUGUGUGUGUGUGUGUGUGUGUGUGUGUGUGUGUGUGUUGUCUCUACCAGGAGCUGGAGCGGCCUGGCUGUGAGGACCCCCCCCAGGGGACAGACAUGGAGACCGAAGACUACUACAGGAACAACAAACCCAACCAGGACUCCUACUGCUACCAGCUGCUGCAGGAGCUCAACAAACAACGCAAGGGAGGUAUCCUCUGUGACGUCAACAUCGUGGUGAGUGGAGAGGUGUUCCGGGCGCACAAGAACAUCCUCGUAGCCGGGAGCCGCUACUUUAAGACCCUCUACUGCCUGACCAAGAGCGAGAACUCCUCCUCCACUUCCUCCUCAUCCUCGUCAUGUGACCAGACGACCACAGUCACCGACACCCACCUCGACGUGGCGGCCGUGGCAGGUUUCUCUGUCAUCCUGGACUUCCUGUAUAGCGGUAACCUCCUGCUGACCAGUCAGAACGCCAUCGAUGUGAUGUCCGUGGCCUCCUACCUCCAGAUGACUGAGGUGGUGGGCUCGUGUCGGUCGUUCAUCAAGGAAGCCCUCAACAUCAGCAUCAAGCAGGAGGCCCCCGACUCAGUAGUGGUGGAUUACAACAAGAGGAGACCGGUGGCCAAAGACGGAGCAGGACAGGUGGGCUCGGACGGCAGCACCAACAAGAAGCCUGGGUGUAACUUCUGGGCCACCAGCAUCCUGUCCAAGCUGUCGAUUAAAGCCAGUGGUCAUGUCAAGGAUGGGGACCAGGCAGGGGGAGGCAGCGUAAAGGAGGAGCCCAGUGACGUGGAGCUGUCUACAGGGGAGGGCUGCGGCCUGGGAAGCUCGAGCUGGGGCUGUGAGAACUCAUCCGAGUCUGCUGAGAAUGAGCCUCCGAGCGUUCCGGGACCGGGGCCGGUGUUCGUCUGGAACGAGCCGGCUCCCGGGGCUGCAGCGGGCGGGGUGGUGGCGGUGAAGAGGGAAGGUCAGAGGGUGGAGCCGGGGAGCGGGCGGAGGAAAAAACAGAUCACACGGCGGUUCGUCUACAACAUCCCACCGGAGCCGGAGGAAGGGUUUGACGAGGGGAUGUUCAUCCAGCCCUCAGCCUCCUAUCCCAGGGAGGACUUCUCCUUCCUCUCUGAGAACGCAGGUACGUCACCAGUGGGCAGACCAAGCACUCAGUCCCCCCCCACUGACAACACAUAAACACACACUCAUUCUUUAGGUAGGCUGAACCAACAGUUCUUUAGAUGACCAACCAGCAGCCCUGGUUUAGUGAACAUGUAGGCUUAGCGUUUUCUGUGUAGUUCCUAGACUGACGUGGUAUGACGACCAUGCCUCUAGUCAUGGCAUUUAGAGUUGGUGAGGUCUGAGUUAGUCCAGAGGUUGGUCCUGGUCCACUGGACAUGGCAGCCUGCUAGUGCUAGUCAGAGAGGGUGACUAGAGAGAGUCACAAAACCCCGAGCAGACCUGGGUUCAAAUCAUUUCAAGUACUAUAUCUGUGCUCGAUUGAGCUUGCCUGGCUUAAUGGACCAAUAGAAUAGUCCCCAAACUGCAAAACCCACCCAUCUGGCACUUCAGGCAAGCUUGAGCAAACGCUCAUAGUGUUUGAAAGAUUUCGAAUAGUAUUUGAAACCAGGUCUGAUCCAGACUGAAGGCCCCAUGCCCUCCGCUAGCCGUAUAUCUUUUUAAUUAGCAGACAGCCUGAUAUGAGUAUGGCUAGCCUGUCCUUUUUAAGUCGGCCCCACUCCUCUCCUCAUCCUGCCGCACCAUACCUCAGAAACCCUGGGUAAUCUCUGACUCUAUGAGCCUUUCACGGCCUCAUACAGACACACGCUCACACACAGGGCCGGCUCUGCCCCCAUUAAGCAGUGUGCUGUAUGGAAUGAUAUCAUGUAUUAAGUGGGGUGUUUUCACUCCUAUUGCAGGAUAAUGUAGUAAAGCAGGGGACACAUUCUUCCCCCAGGCUCCGUUAAACGCAACACAAAUGCUCUUAUCUCAUGUUUAUUGUGGCGAGGGGUGUUGUCAUCAUUAAUGCAGCAACACAAUUCCCUAAUUUGGCACUCCGACCUCUCCCUUUCUCUCCGUCUCUUCAGCCUAGAUCUAUGUAUUAGACAUGCUCCAAUUUCCACGUAUUCUGGAGAAAAAUGCCUUCUAAAGUAGUAGUGAACUGUAGUAGUUUGUGUUACUAUGAGGAGAAGCUGCGGCUUAGCAUGGCUGAGCGCUUAGUAGCCUGGGUCGUGUUCAUUAGGGCACAUAUUUUUUUACAAAUAUUUCUUUACCGUUAUUUUAACAGGGAGUCACCAUUGAAAUCAAGGUCUCUUUUGCAAGGGAGCCCUGCAUAUACACAAAUUACAAAGUAAAAUACAAUGUAAAAUAAAAUACAAUAUAAUACAAAUAUUAAAGAAAAACGAUCACAUUCCUCAACAAGGAGGUCCCCACUCCCCAAUCAACAUGUUAAACUGCCAGAGGCUCCAGAACAUCCAGUUGUAGGGAACUCUGUAGAUUGUUCCAUACAUGGAGUACAAAUAAAUUAAAAGCAGAUUGACCUAACUCUGAGGAGACCAAAGGGAUUUGUUUUAAAACAAAGUCUCCCUGUUUCAAUCAGUUUUCUUCCGUUUGGUGCCGAAUAAACACUACCUAAGCUUUAGGUGAGACGAGGGCCAUCCCUCUCUGCUUUACCAGAGCAGAGCUGCUGGAUUUAUGGCUUGGUUCCUCUCUAAAUAAGGCCGUUGGAUUGUUUCAAAGUGCGGGCUGCCACUUUACACACACACACACACACAAAAUUACCUCCCAAUCCCUUGGAGGUGCAAAGCUGUCAGGGUCUGCCCCUCCCUCCCUCCCUAAUCCCCCCUAAUGCACUGGGGCUGUCCUCGCCAUUCCAAAUAUUGACCCAGGCAAGCAGGCAGAAUAGAGAAUGGAACCAGUGGUCAGGUACUUAACAAUAGGCUCUGAGGGCCAGGCACAGAGCUAGGGCUAAUUAAGCCUGUUCAGUGUAACAUGAUCUUCAGUGAGGGGCUGAGGGUUUCAUCCUGGCAUAAUCCACAGCCCAGUGGGAGAGGCUGCUGAAAACAGUGGCCUGGCUAGAGGAAGUGUUCUACAGACAGGCAGGCUAGAGAUUGGAUGACAGAACACAGACAGCACCAGGGUCGUAUUCAUCAGCACCAGGGUCGUAUUUAUCAGGAAUUAGGCACCAAACAGAAAAAAUGAAAGCAGAAUGAAACACCUGCAUGACUUGUCCAAUAAGUAAUUUUAUUAAUGUAUUUUUAAAAUGUUUUUGCUACAGCGUGCCCUGCUGAACACGACCCUGGGGAUAGGUCUGUAAACUGGGGGGGUUGUGGGGCCUGGUAUUUUGUGUACGUAAGGUAGUGUCCCUCUGUCUCCCCCCACCCAAAGCUUUCAGCCCCUCUUAUCAUAUCUGUGUUUCUCCGCCUCUCAUCCUCUCCUUCUCUCAGAACUGGCCAACCAGAUUCAGGACAGCCUCCUACAACUCUCCUCCCAGCAAGGAGAGUCCUGGGAGAAUGGUAAGAUUUGUCCUCUUCUUGUAUAAGAUGCAUUUACCUACUAUUAUACACUAUAGUAGUUGGUUUAGUGUCUGUUCAGAAAUAUGUUCAGACUUUGGUGCUUACAGAUUAGAGAUUACUAUACUUAUGAGCGAUUUGUUUUCAAACCUUAUGUCAUGAACCUAACUUGGUGGAUGGUUAAUAUGAUAAUGAUCGGAAUAAUCAUUCUAAGUGGCUCUGGAUAGGAGCUAAAUGACUAAAAUGUAAAUAUCCCACAAGGUGGCGUUGUGAAACGCACUGUAGCCUGUUGAACACAAACAGCACAGGUGACCUGCUUUUCCUCAGCCCCCUGGCAACCUGGCCUGCUUGACAACGCUUUUGUGUCUUGGCUCAAACAAAGACAAAGGCAGAACCCUAUCAUUGAGGUGGCUGUGCUGUGGUACAGAAUAGCGCAGCGCCUAGCCAAAUCAAUAAGUUAACUAUAGUCACUAUCUAUAGUUGUCUCUUGGGUUGUUUAGUGGUUAGUGUGGUGUUAUGGUUCCACUUUUUCACAUCAUAGAUUCGUCAAAUAUCUUUCUUCACAAUUGUGUAAUUGCUUAUCGAGGCUGUAAUAUUUGCCCACUUUAAUUUGAACCUUGUUGAUAUCUUGUGAAAUGUGUUCAUAGCAGCUGAGGCACCUCAUUUCCAAACAUUUUCUUAGACAUUCUUUCUUUCCUUCCUACACGAAUCUGGAAUGUUUUAUGUCAGUGGUAAAACAAUUACAUGUUUUCGGUAGGGAAAUCACAUUAUACUUAUUUUAUGUCCCCUAGGCAGUAGUGUUGCCAUGGCAACUGACACAGUUUCUAGUAUUUAAUGGAGGUAUCUCUUGAGUGUUUUUCCUUUCCAUAAACACCAUGGUAAACAUGAUAUCCCCUCACUGGGUACCCCACAGACCCCCCUCACCACACCCAACAGCUCCUCUCUUUUAUUGGGAAGUGAAGAACCAAGGGGUCCUACCGCCAGAGACUGGGGUGGCUCUUCAAGUAACUGCCCCAAAUUCCUACCUUCAUUGUCUGUCAAAUGUGGGUUUGAGCAACUGAUUAGAAAGCAGCCUCCUCCAUAACCUGUUUGUGUUUUUCUCCUCAGGCGAGUCAUCCGACACGGCCCUGAAUAAGCUCAAGUGUCCCCACUGUAACUACAUCGCCAAGCACCGGAGAACACUAAAGAGGCACCUCAUUAUCCACUCUGGUGUCCGCUCCUUCAGCUGUGAUAUCUGUGGCAAGCUGUUCACCCGCAGAGAGCACGUCAAGAGACAUUCCCUGGUAAGACCCUACACCUUACCCUACACCCUUCCCCUAAAACACACAGUACCUCCCCUAACUGUUCACCCGCAGAAAGCACGUCAAGAGACAUUCCCUGGUAAGACCCUAUAUACACAUCACCGUGUCAUAGCCUCCCUCUACACUGUCACCUUCCUGUCAAGAGACAUUCCUUGGUUAGUAGAGGGCCUGAAAGGGAACCUCACCUCCCCCAAACAUAGCUGUCCUCCACAUUCUCACCUUCCCCCAGACAGCUGACACCUGAGUAGGGUUGAAAAAUGAUGGUAACUUUCUCAAGAUUCCCAAGUUUUCCAGAAAUCCUGGUUGGAAGAUUAUUGUAUUCAGGAGGGAAUAAUCAGGAAAUCUGAAUCUGAAUCUUCCAACCAGGAUUUCUGGAAAACCAGAGUAUUUUGGGAAUGUUACCAGAUUUUUGCAACCCUACACCUGAGUCUAUCUCCACACCCCCUCUGUCCCUAAAACACCCAGCACCUUCCUCUAGCUACUCACAUUCCCUGGUGAGUAGAGGGCCUGAGUCCUUCAGACACCCUCAACUUCCCUUAGCUACUGUACUGACAUUCCCUGGUGAGUAGAGGGCCUGAGUCCUUCAGACACCCUCAACUUCCCUUAGCUACUGUACUGACAUUCCCUGGUGAGUAGAGGGCCUGAGUCCUUCAGACACCCUCAACUUCCCUUAGCUACUGUACUGACAUUCCCUGGUGAGUAGAGGGCCUGAGUCCUUCAGACACCCUUGCCUGCCUCUAAACACCCAUCACCAUGUCCUUGUAACCAUGUCAUCUUGGAUUUCCUUAAUUACAUUUUUUUUUUUUUUUUUUUUUUUAAUCACACCACCUCCCUCUUCAAAACAUUAUUACACACAUACAUACCAAUGCACUCCCCCUCCAUCACUCUGUCCUCCACCCACCCUCCCUCUCUCUCCCCCCCUCCAUCACUCUGUUCUUCACUCUUCCUCUGUAGAGGUCUCCCCCAUGUAUUUUGCUACAUUCAUUUGCUCCUCAGAAAUAGGGAAGUGGGAAAUAUCAGAUUGAUUGGGGAGUGGCAGUUUCCCACUCAUAUUUCUGAGUUGGGCACACAUUUAUUUAUUUUAGUUUUUCUGACUAUUCCAGGAGCUUAGCGUGAGUUUCUAAUUUCCACGUAUCAUUCCGACAGCACAUGAACACAGCAUUAACCCUUGUCUCUCUCUCUCCCCCCUCCCCAUCCCUACAGGUGCACAAGAAGGACAAGAAGUACAAGUGCAUGGUGUGUAAGAAGAUCUUCAUGCUGGCGGCCAGCGUGGGGAUCCGGCACGGCUCACGGCGCUACGGCGUUUGUGUGGACUGUGCAGACUCCCACCAGGCCACGCAGGAGGGCCUGGAGUCCAUGGAGGGGUUCGUCCGCGAAAACGACGACUUCGGAGAGGGGGAGGAGCCUGAUGAGGACAUGGCUGAGGAGGGGGAAGAGCCUAACGGCAACGACCAAUCCAACUGGGAGGAGGGCGACACUGGUGCUGCCCUUGAGAAUGAGUAG